AUGGUUUCUCUUUGCAGAUUUUAGAUGCCUGUUUUAAUUUAGCAGCAAGCAGCUUUUGGCAUGAACAAAAUUACUCGUAGCUAGUAUUGAAUUCAAAGUCAUCAGAAUAUGAUUCUUAAUAACUUGUGGGCCAAGAUUUUUCUUGUUACACUGUACCUGUUGGAUUGGAAGUACCGUUAGGUUAGGUUGAAAACAUACCGUGAUCUGACUUAUUACACGCGAUAAUAUCAUUUAAUGGCCGUUGUGUAAGUAAUAUAACUUCAGUGAUAAAUUAUGUAUUUUCCGGGGGGGACCGUGCAUUAUUGCAAUGUUGGCGACAGUCGUGGCUCAUAUUUGCUGCCGCAUUUUUUUUUAUAGGAAUAGUUGUUGACGAUAAGAUAGGUAGAAGUGGAACGUGACUGGAUGACGUGAGUCCAUGACAGUUUUGUAAUAUCUCAAGGUUACCGGGACUUCGGAGCUUACAAUGAUUCAACAGUAUUAAAAAUGAGUACAAGCUGUGAUCGUCAAACAUGGUGAUUUUCAGUAAAUUCCAAACCAUACCGACAUCAUGCACACAAUAUGUGCAUCCGUGGACGGAUUCAUGUUCCAGCGCGACGACUGUGCUUGGAGUACAUGCCUUACAAGAAAGUUUCAGAAUAUAUGUCACAGUUUAUAUGUUGGCUUUAAUAAUGCGAGGCAGAGUUCCAUCCCAGAAAGAAAUCAAACAGGCUUUUGCAGGAAUACUUAUAUCAUCAUUGUUUCUAGGAACCAAUGCCUUUGCAUUUCCAUUAUUUGCAUGUUGGCUCAGGAAAUUGCUUGGGCACUUUAACAUGCUUUCUGUUAGUUUCUUGCCAGCUUUCCUUGCAUCUUAUGUAGCCAUUUUGCUUGAGAGACCUUCACGAAGAAGCCUGCUGGCACUGUACGUCACUAAUGUGGCUACGGAGACUCUAUUCCGUAUGGCUGCAUGGAGAGGUCUUGUUCAUCCAGUUCCUUAUGGUCAGGUUUUAAUUUUUGCAGCUGCCAUGACAGCCUUAUUGUACUUCUACAGAGGACGUCAAGCCAAACGGGACUCGAUGUUCAGUCUCCUCAGGUUUGUGGUUGGUCCAUAUGAGGAGAAUGGCUAUGCAGAGAAUCGUGAGGAUUUGCCAUCCGUAGUUGAUCCUCAGGAGCUCCAAAGCUCUGGGUCUGCUCAGAAAAUCAGAAGACCAACAGCAAGAAGGAAGCCAAGGAGUUUGCUUUAUGUUAUACCAACUGGUUUCUACAGAAUUAUAAGGAAGAUACAAGGUCUAGGCAGGCAUACAGUGUGCCCUCAUCCGUUCAGCUGUACCUACUACACUCUCCAGGGCGCGGUGAGAUUGUUUGCUUUAGGAUAUGGUCUCCAAGUGUGUCUCCACAUCCUGAUGCAGGCGAGAAGAGCAGUCCGAAAACCAAGUCUGCUUCCAAAGUUAUUAAUACACAGAAAGGCUUUUCAACUUGGAGCCUUCCUUGGAGGAUUCUCAGCAGUUUUUAAGAUGAUGUCUUGUUUGCUUCGCCGAAUCUUCAACAGGGAUUCCAAGUUUCAUGCAGUUCCAGCCGGUUUGCUGGCCGGCUUAGCUUUUGGUUUCUUCCCUGACAAUACGAUCGCAUUAUAUGUUAUGUGGAAGAGUCUGCAGAUUCUCUACAGUGACAGUAUCCAGAAGGGCUAUGUGCCUCGAAUUCCAGGAGGAACGAUCCUUUUGUUUUGCUUCUCUACUUCAGUUUUGUUCCACGCAGCAGUCCUUGAACCUCAGAAUCUGCGUCCAUCAUAUUGGAAAUUCCUCCACAGUCUCUCAGGAGGGAGGAUAGCAGUCAUGGAUCGAGUGUGUCUAGAUGCAUUUGGUAUGGGCACGUCAAAGGCUCUCAAUGAAGUUCUUGCCAAAACAAACACAAGAUUGGUUGCAUAUAGUGAGUUGUUAUGAUAAAGUUUGUGAGUAAUUUUGUUUUCUAUGGUUGUGGUAAACAGGUAUACACAAGUAGGAGUGUUCUAAUCUUCCAUGUCAUUACUUACUUGCAUCUUUUUGAGGGCCUUUUCUCAUAUACAUUAAAAGCAAUACCAGUGUAUUGUGCCAGUUCAUCUCUAAACUAAACCAACAAGAGAAAAUGGUUAAUUUGCAGUUCAGUUGAUACUUGACAUUAAGGUGAAUGGUUCAGUGUGUGUGUGGAAUUUCAGAUUUGUAAAUGAAAAUUCCAGAUCUGAUAGUCACCACGUAACAUAAAUACUAAAAGAUCUGUUCACAGGAGGUCAAACAUUUGGUUCUUCAUCAGAUUAAUGUUAUAUGUGAUAAAGUAUGCUUUCUGGGUUGGAUAUUUUUACAUCAUAGUUAAAAAAUAUCACCUUUGAAACAUUUUAAAAAUAAAGUAUUUAAAGUGCAGUUCAAGAAUGUAGAAGUGCAGAAGUUUGGUUAGAAAUGUUUUGUGGGUUUCUUGUAUUGUCAUUAUGUUGGUAACAAGAGAAUUUAAAGGCAUAUUCAGCCCAUCUCAGCAGUGAAUACAGAUGGGAAUGAAGAUUGCUUGAUGUUAGCAACAUAAAUGUGGAAUUCCUGUUAGAUUGAUCAUUUGCAGUUAAGUGUUCCAUUAUGUAUUUUAUUCAGCUGUUAAAUUGUAUGAAGCCAUAUUUUUAUACUAAUUAUAUGUACAUAUUGUGGACAGAAAUUGACACUGUUCAGUAAUAAAUUGUUUUCAUUAUGUUCA